AUGUGGCUGUACAGAGGCGCUCAAUCGGCCGUCUUCUACUACGCCACCUGCACACCAUGUGCUAUCUCCGUUGACCGACGAAAACGCAAGAAGGAAGCCGUCCGAUCGCAACGAGAGAAGGAGAAAAUCGAUGCCGUCGUCACCGAUCAACCGAAGCCGUUCCCCCAGCCAACCCCUUUCAGUACCAAUCCAGGAUGGGCGGAGGAAAUCGCUCUAGGACCGGGUCCUCCGACAAGACGAGGAGGCCAUCGGAACAACCAUCGACGGACCGACAGUUGGAAUACAGACGCAUUCUCGCCGGUAGACUCCUGUCCAGACGGAGGCGGGGAAGCGCUGCGCAAGGACAAGAGCAGUCUAAAGCACCCUCUCGGGGAUCGAUGGAAUCGUAUGCGUUAUCAGCGCGAGGACGAACCACUGUGGGGCGAAGAAGUGGAGGUAAAGGGGUCCUCGGUGGGCAUCUCCGGCCGGGGUAAAGCGGAUAGCGACGAGCCUAGCAAGUACUAUGUCGCUCGCGUACCCCCCGUCAACGACCUCCAUCCUCCGAUUGUGAGCGGACCCAAGAGCAGGGCAGAGACUAGAUGGAUGCUGCAGCCCCCUCCCAGUGCCCGAGUCAUGGCCGGGAAGGAACCGUCCAACACUGCGGUCCGUCAAGGCGACCACGGGGGUCAACCAAAGGACAUUCGUAAAAACAAGACGGUCUCGGGACCUGCGCAAAGAAACCGACAGUUACCACCGCUGACCACUCAGGCUACUGAACGAAAAGCUGCCAGCAAGCCCACCCCUACUGUGGUGUCUCCCUAUGACUACAUGGCCCAGAAAGCACCAGCGCCCGAAAGCGACAGUCAACCCCAGUCUUCUCGCGAACUUCAGCCCAGUCUACUUCCAUACGGACGUGACGAGUCUACGCUUGUCAUCUCAGUACCAAAACACGCGCGUUCCGAUUCUCCCUCUACCAUCGCCUCUUUGGGGUCCUCGGAGGCAGACACUCCUAGUAUCUCAUGGCAGUGUCCCGAAACCCCCACGUCACGGCCUGGGUCCAAAGCAAACGACGACAGCAGUCGGAAUGUGCGUCCGAAGGUAGCAAAGACACUAUCCACUUCGCAUCAGGAUAACAAGAUGCUUCAUCUAUAUCAAUUGGAAAUCAACGACGACGGGCAUGACGAGUUUGGAUUAGGCCAAUUCGAGCCGCUCCGGCCCUGGCGUUGGAGUAUGGACAUUUGA